AAGACAUCUGCUACUAUAAAAAUGCAUUGUGAGCGCGUAUCGUACCACAAUCGACGUAUACACACAUUCUCUUUAAUGUUUUUCUGUUGUUGUUUCGUAGCAAAGAAUGGAUGAUGUGCAAUAAUAGAAAAGGAACAAUGUACUGGGCUCGAACACUAUCAAAAAACUGGUAUUAAUAAUAGUAUACGAUGACUUCUAAUGAUCAUCAAUCUUGGCCUAUCCUGAUCGAACGUCUUAACCAUUGCAAUAUAUUUACUAGACCGUUCCGAAUUUUCGAGGAUCGUACGGGAAUAUCCAGAGAUGUAUGGUUUGUAGUGUUCUUAAUAUGUUUAGUAGUGUCUUUCUUAACUGGGACGUCGUCGGAGAGAAUGGCAAACUGUCUGGCCAUCAUAUAUCCAUCGUUUAAGAGCAUUUAUCUUGUAGAAUAUGGAAAUCAGGAGGAUUAUUUCGUUCUGUUAAAUUACUGGAUAAUAUUUUCUUUAAUUGUGUUACUAGAAGGACAAUCGUCGACUGUUAUAAACAGUUUUUUCCCGUUGUAUUACUUAUUAAAAUGUUGUCUGUUAUCGUGGAUGUACUCAGAAAAUGGCUCCGGUGUGGCUUAUUCUUAUCUGAUUCUUCCUUUAUAUAAAGUUUUUUGGAAACGAAAAUUAGGCGGCAAAUUGUCUAUUGUACGUUCGAAUUUAUCAAAGGCAUUAGUAGAGGGUAGUGUCAGCGAGCGUGAUAAGACUACUUCUAACAUAGAAAGUUAUAGUACAGAAACGGAAGAAACUGAACAAGUAUCAGAAUGCGAUAAAAUUUCUGAAAAUGUAAAGGAAAAUAAUGAUUUGAUUGAUGCAAAUGUAGAUGAUUCAGUAAAUGAUCAAGAACAGGUUAAGAUAAAAUAUGAUAGCAUCAACAGAGAACAGAGAAAGGAAGAUGAGAAGGAAGUUACUGAUGAUGUAAAUUAUGAAGUAAAAUCAGAUGAUCUUAAAUAAAAAAUCACAGGAACAGUAGAGCAAGAACUGACAGAUAAAUAUAUUGUAACUCCUAUAAAAUUUCAGUAUGCUGAAGAAACAACUGAUGAUACUAAUGAUGAUGACUAAAAUUAUGUUAAUUAGAUAUGAAACUGAUACCUUUAAGAAUACAAAAUAUUUAUUUAUGAUUAUAUUUGA